ACCACCGCAGCCAUGGCCGCCGCGGUGCAUAAGCUGCUACAUCCCCACUCUCAUGCCCACGCGCAACCGGAGCCCAAGCAGAGCGAAGCGCAUCCGGAGCCGGCGCAUGCCGAGGCGCAGCAGGCCUCAAAUGAGAAGCGCGAGGACGAGAAGCAGAAGGUCGCGCAAUGGGUGGACCAGAAGCAGCCGCUGAGCCCGAACGAGAUACACCAGGAUCCGGACAAGAAGGUUGUGGGACACUCUUCAAGGGUGUUGCGACAGGAGGACUUUGAACUGAUCAAGACCCUGGGGACUGGAACGUUCGCGCGGGUAUGGCUCGUUCGGUUCAACAACGCCCAGGGAAGUGACAGAGACAAGGUGUUCGCGCUGAAGGUCCUGAGGAAGGUGGAUGUGAUACGCCUCAAGCAGGUCGAACAUGUACGGAACGAGCGCAAUGUGCUCUCUGCAGUCGCCGGGCACCCUUUCAUUACCACAAUGGUGGCGAGUUUCCAGGACCACGAUUCCCUGUAUAUGUUGCUCGAGUAUUGCCCCGGAGGCGAAGUCUUCAGCUACCUCCGGAGAGCACGGCGAUUCAACGAGCCGACAUCGCAAUUCUACGGCGCCGAAAUUGUGUUAAUAUUAGAGUAUCUGCAUGAGAAAGAAGGAGUAGCAUACCGAGACCUGAAGCCGGAGAACAUCCUGAUCGACGCAGAAGGCCACCUUAAGCUGGUAGACUUUGGCUUUGCGAAGAAAGUGGAAAACCGGGAAACAUAUACGUUGUGUGGUACACCAGAGUACUUGGCGCCAGAAGUCAUUCGGAACACUGGACACGGAACAGCGGUAGACUGGUGGGCCUUUGGCAUCCUAAUCUACGAGUUCCUAGUCGGCCAACCCCCCUUCUGGGACCAGAACCCCAUGAAAAUCUACGAACAAAUCGUCGAAGGCCGCGUCCGCUUCCCCUCGGCCAUGUCCCCCGAAGCGCGCGACCUCAUCUCGGGUCUCUGCACCGUCGACACGUCCAAACGGCUAGGCAACAUCAAGGGCGGCGCCAGCGCCGUCAAGUCGCACCCCUGGUUCCGCAACAUUGAUUGGGAUGCGCUGUAUAAUCGAAAGGUGAGGGGGCCGAUUGUGCCGCAUUUAAGGGGCCCAGCGGAUGCGAGGAAUUUCGAUGAUUAUGAGCCGGAGAGCGGGAAUCGGGAGCCGUAUAGUAAGGAGUUGAGGGAGAAGUGGGAUGAGUAUUUCAAGGAUUUCUAGAGGGGUGAGGUCGGAUUGGGGGUGGGUGUUGGUCAGUAUAUGUUGUUGUUCUUGUUGGGGUGGGGAUGGGCUCCUUUGAAUAAAUGGAGGUGGCAAAUAUUCAUUUGGAUUGGGUAAGACGGAGGGAUUGAUUGAUAUCCAAGAGCAGAUCGGAAAAACAUAAGAGCAAGGGGAAGAAGGACAUGACCUCGCGUCGAAAAAAACCACCCAUCUCGCGACGAAAUCACCCUCGUCUUCAGCAACAGACGAUACGAGGAAGAGGACGUCUAUGAAACGGUAUACAGUACACG